AUGGAACUGAAUAAAAGAAUAUCCAAAGAAAAAACAAUUAACCAACUAGAAGUAACUGUAAUGGAAAGAGAAAAAAUUCAUUGGAAAAAUGUAUUGAACCGAAUCUUAUCAAUCAUUCACUAUUUAGCCAUACAUAAUGAUUCCUUUAGAGGUACAACAGAUGUUUUAUACGCCAAAGGGAACGGGCAAUUUCUUGGUAUCAUUGAAAUGCUGGCAAAAUUUGAUCCGAUAAUGGAGGAACAUUUAAGACGGAUAAAAGACGAAGAAACUCGUGUACAUUAUUUAAGCCAUGAUAUACAAGACGAACUAAUUCAAAUUAUGGCGAGUGAAAUAAGACGAAAAAUAAUAAGUUUGAUAAAGGUUGCAAAGUAUUUCACUGUCGUAAUGGAUUGUACACCAGAUAUUGGACAUCAAGAGCAACUUUCGAUUCUCACACGCAUAGUAAACAUGGGAGAAAGCAAUGAAUCUGAUCCAACUAUACAAGAAUAUUUUCUUGACUUCGUAAACGUUAAUUCUACUACUGGAUUAAAUUUAUCUGGAAUUCUAAUUAAACAAUUAGAAUUAUAUAAUAUAAAUAUUGGAGACUGUAGAGGUCAAGCAUAUGACAACGGGUCAAAUAUGGUUGGAAAAUACCAAGGAGUGCAGGCACGUAUUUCAAAUAUAAAUCCCAGAGCCUUUUUUACACCUUGUGAGGCUCACAGUUUAAAUUUAGUUCUUUGCGAUGCGGCACAAAAUUCUCCAAGAGCAAUUUCAUUUUUUGGUACAGUACGUCGUGUUUACACCUUAUUUUCGGCGUCAACAAAUCGUUGGAGUAUAAUUCAAAAACACUGCAAGUUAUUUACUGUUAAACAAUGGUCUGAUACAAGAUGGGAAAGUCGACUGAACAGCGUGAAAGCAUUACGAUUACAAUUCCCGCGUAUAAUAGAAGCUUUAGAAGAAGUAUAUGAAACGGCAAAUGAUUUAAUGGCUAAAAGUGAAGCUAAUUCAUUAUUAAACGAAAUAAGCAGUUAUGAAUUUAUUCUUAGUCUUGUUAUUUGGUAUGAUAUUUUAGAAAAGGUGAAUAUUGUAAGUAAGAGUCUUCAGUCCCAGAAUAUGGAAAUCAGUAUUUCUACAAAAAUGGUAUACGGUCUUUUAGAACAUUUGAAACAAUAUAGAAUAACAGGAUUUGAUUCUGCAAAGAAUAUAGCAAAUAAACUAGCUUCAGAAAUAGAUAUUCCAGUUAUUUUUAAGUGUUGUCGUAUAAGAAAGAAAAAAAAGAUGUUCAGUUAUGAACAUAACGAUGAACCAAUUUUAAAUGAGGAAGAUCGUUUUCGUAUUGAUUAUUUUCUAGUUGUUAUUAAUCAAGCAAUAGAAUCUAUAAAUAGACGUUUUGACCAGUUAGAAUCGUAUUCGAAUAACUUUGGAUUUUUAUAUCAAAUAGGCAAAGUAAAAACUAUGGAAGAGGAUGAGCUACGAAAAUAUUGUAAAGAUUUACACUUAGUAUUAUCCGAUGGUGAUCAGAAUGAUUUGGAAGGACUUGACUUAUGUUCAGAACUACUUAUUUUUCGUAUGAUGAUUGAUGACAAUACAACUCCACUUAAAGCUCUUAGUAUUUUAAAAAAGACGAAUGGUUCAUUUCCUAACAAAUCUAUUGCUUUAAGAAUCAUGUUAACGAUACCAGUUACAUCAGCUUGUGCCGAAAGAAGUUUUUCGAAGCUUAAAUUAAUCAAAACAUACCUGCGAAAUAAAUUAAGUCAAGAUAAACUUUCAGACCUUGCCCUUAUAUCUAUCGAACAAGAAAUCUCUAACAACAUUGACUACCAAAAUCUUUUGGAAACUUUCGCUUCAAAAAAAUCAAGAAAAAAAU